CAACUCCGCAUCAACACUACAGACAGCGCCCAUUGUAGGGGCUUUAUCUGGGUCUGCACGACCUGGAGUCUAUGAACAUGGCUUGUUCAUGCCGCAUGAUUGCUCUGCGAAUCUUUGCCCGGAGCCUGGCCCAGGUCCACGCUCCGACGACGCAGUACGCGAGAUCGACAUGGCCGGCGAAUCGCUCCCGGCUCCCGAAUCGCAACAUCUCCAUUACUCACAACUACCGACAAGCACACACUCUUGCAGAAUCGUCGGAUACCGCGGCAGAAGGGCAAGAAGCACAGAAGCUGCCCCCAGAAGACCAGCGCAAACCUCAGCCAGAAGAGAGCCUGCAAUCGUCCUCUUCCCGGGCAUCUGAAUCCUCAGGAGAGGAGGAUAGGCUGUUCAAGAUAACGAAGCGCUCCAAGAACGCUUUCCGUAAAGCGACCAGAUACUCACAACAAUCUGUUCCAUCGCUGUCUUCAGAGAGUCAGGGGCAUUCAGAAGAGAAGCCAGACAAGGACCAGCAAUCGAGAACGAGCACGGAGGAGCUGAAGACGAGCACGGAGGAACUGAAGACCAGCACAGAGGAGUCAACGGAACAGCCGAAGAAAAUCAAGAAACUACGGGAGAAGAAACGACAGAAGAGGGCGGAAAUGCGGGCGGAACGAAGCGAAGAACAAGCUUCCAAGGUCAAGGAUAAGGAAGAGAGGGUUGACAACAGCCCAGAGGAGCCGAAGACGAGUGCAGAGGAGUCGACGGAACAGCCAAAGAAGAACAAGAAACUACGGGAGAAGAAACGACCGAAUAGGGCGGAAAAGUGGGCGGAGGAGGGGACGGAACGAAGCGAACACCAGGCUGCCAAGGUCAAGGAUAAGAAAGAGAGGGAUGACAAUAGACCAAUGUGGCUGAAACAGAAAGAGGCGCUCAAGAAGAAGUUCCCAGAGGGCUGGAGGCCACCCAAGAGGCUAUCACCGGACGCGCUCGAUGGCAUCCGAGUGCUGCACCGGCAGUUCCCAGACAUGUAUACAACAGCUGCACUUGCCGAGAAAUUCGAGGUGUCGCCCGAGGCCAUCCGGAGGAUUCUCAAGGCCAAGUGGGAGCCCAGCGCCGAGGAGGAAGAGAGCCGCCAGACGAGGUGGUUCAAACGCGGGGUGAGCGUGUGGCAGCGGUACGCGGAGCUGGGCAUGCGGCCGCCGAAGAAGUGGCUUGAGGCCGGGGUGCAGGCGGGUUAUGAGGAGCCGUCGCGCAAGGAACAACAGUCUGAAAAGGAGGAUGUCGCCGGGGGUAUGGACCCAGAGACAGCCGUACGACUGCAGGCUCAGAUGAAACUGUCAAAGAGCCUGGUCUAAGGUGAAGCUACUAGCGAGAGGAAACACAGUCACAUCCACACUACAGUACUGACCGCACUUGCACUGGGGAAGAAAACAGGUUGUCGAAAAGAACGUUGUGGAGUUCUUGUGGCCUGCCUAGAUCUGGUCUUUUCUUCUGAGGGAAGUUGUUCCGCAUACCUGCCUAGAGGUUCCCCUCAGGAGGCUUGGAGGCUGUCCUCUGGUAGGUCGCCCUAUAGGAGGCUAUCCACAAGAGGUCAUCCCACGCGUGGUGAUCCCACAGCGCAUGAUUCCGUAGGUGGUUGGGGGAAGAGAUGCUGUGGUGGCGAAGCGGACUCCCAAGCAGGGCUCAUAGUAUUGGUAGAUUCUACAAUGGGACCUGCUGCUACGA